AAAUCUAGGAAUUCAGUGAGAAGUUCAUGUGCAGUGUUUAACGAGAGGAGAGAAAUAGUUUCGUUUUAUUUGUCCAUGGCAUCUCUUUCUCAGAUGGAUGAAAACAUUCCUGUUGGCGACGAGGAAGAGAAGAUGGAAAUUAUGGAAGCUUCCAAGACGACCAAGAACGGCGAUUCUGACGACUCUGACUCUGACAGCGGAGAUGAGGACCAAAAGAACGAGGAGAAGGAGUCUUCAAUAAAUGCAUUGAACAAAGAGAUAUCUCAAAAUCCCUACAUGUAUGACAACCAUACAGAGAGAAUUAAGCUUCUUCGAGAAAUUGGAGAUCUGAAUCGACUUCGAGAUGCUCGUCAGGAGAUGAGCACACAUUUUCCUCUCACAGAAGAAUUGUGGCUGGACUGGCUGCGGGAUGAAAUUACAUUAGUAGCCACAGCUAGUGAUCGAAGCAAGGUGGAGGAACUGUUUGAAAAAGCUUUUCAGGAUUAUCUCUCUGUGCCAGUGUGGCUAGAGUACGUCCAGUUUGCCAUUGGCCGGAUGGCUGAGGAGGAAGGCAUUCAGAAAGUGCGUGAGGCAUUUGAGCGGGCCCUGGCCUCUGUGGGGCUCCACGUCAGUCAAGGAGCCAAUAUCUGGGAGGCCUACAGAGAAUUUGAGAGUGCUGUUACUGCUGGUCUCAUGCCACAGCCCGGUGCAGUGGUGAGUGCUGAGCAAGAGGAAGCUUUUAAGACCCAAAACCAGAGAGUUGUCUCCCUCUUCAAGCGGCAGCUGGUCGUUCCCCUUCUCGACAUGCAAAGCACCAUGGAUGAGUACAAGGAGUGGCUGGGAGAAGACAGUGUGGACUCAGAGACACAGGCCAGUUUUGACAAAGCGCAUCACGUCCUCAAGGACAUUCAGCAGUUUGAAGACCAGCUGAUAAGCACCUCGGGUAGUGAACAGCUAAAAAGUUACCAGGACUUGAUAACACAUGAGCAGAGGAAGAAGGAACCUGCGCGUGUUGUAUGUGCCUUUGAGCGGGCCCUGAAGGAUCACUGUCUGGUGGCUGAGCUCUGGCAACAAUACACAGCUUAUCUGGACAAGCUUAACUCUGGACAGCAGAUCAAGUCGGGUUAUGAGCGAGCCCUCCGCAACUGUCCGUGGUCCUCUCAGCUGUGGGUCAACUACUUGCUAGCCCUUGAGAGACAAGGCACAGAGUUUGUUAAGAUGAAAGAGGUGGCAGACAAAGCCCUGCAGGUAGGUUUCUCUGAGGCUUCAGACUACCUGUCGAUGUGGUCAGCUUAUUGCGACUACCUCAAGCGCAGGAUCGACUGGUCUCAAGACCACACAGAACAGCUGGAAACUUUCCGGCUGACAAUGGAGGCAGCUGUGGACUUUAUGUUUGAGAACUACGGCAAAGAUGGAGAUCCAGAGGGCAGGUUGCGUCAAUUCUGGGCAUACAUUGAGGCCAAGUUCUGUAAGAACCAGGAGAGGUCGCGGGAGAUCUGGAACCAGCUGAUGCAGGAGGGCCAUGGGGCGGAGGCAGGCAUGUGGCUACAGUACUACCAGCUGGAGAGAAUGUUUGGUGACAACAAGCAUUGCCGGAAAAUCCUGCAGAGGGCACUCAACUCGGUGACUGAUUGGCCGGAAUCGAUCACUCAAGCGUACAUCAACUUUGAGAGAGAAGAAGGUGACCUCGAGCAGUUUGAUGUAGCCCUGGCUCGCAGCCAGGCACAGCUCAGUCGGAUCGAAGAACGCAGGGCCAAGGCGGCAGAGAAAGAUGCAGUUAUUCAGGACCACAAGAAAAAGGAGCGGACUGACAGAAAAGCUCAGAAGAAACAACAACAGCCUGACACAAACUCAACUCAGCAGAGCAGCCAAAAUGCUGGUAACAAACCAGGCAAGAGAAAGUUGGAGCAGGGUGCUGCUGGAGAUUUCAACGAAGCUGCUGAGUCUGUCAACAAGAGAGGGGAACCACCAAGCAAAAAAGCUAAGCCAGAGGCAGUGGAGAAGUCGGACGCCAGCGAGAACCAUGGGGAGACAGUCCAGCAUGACCCGUCCAAGGACAACGUCACAGUGUUUAUCUCCAACCUGGACUUCAGCCUGGAGGUGGACAGACUGAAGGAAAUCUUCCACAAGUGUGGAGAGAUCACAGAUAUCCGUCUUGUGAGCAACUAUAAAGGGAAGUCAAAGGGCUUUGGUUACGUAGAAUUUUCAGACAGUAAUUCAGUUCUUCAAGCUUUGCGUUUGGACAGAGAGUUUAUCGAUGGCCGCCCAAUGUUCGUGUCUCGAUGCGAGGACAGAUCCUCUGUCAAAUCUGGUCCACAGUUCAAGUAUGCCACGAGGCUCGAGAAGAACAAACUCUUCAUCAAAGGUUUGCCGUUCACCAUCACACAAGAGGCCAUUGAAACUAUUUUCAAAGAGCACGGCAAAUUAAAAGAUGUCAGAAUGGUCACAUACAGAAAUGGACGGCCAAAAGGCAUUGCUUACGUGGAGUAUGAAAAUGAGAGCUGUGCCACCCAGGCUGUGCUCAAGGCUGAUGGUUUGCAGGUUGGAGAACACACCAUCUCCGUCGCCAUUAGCAACCCGCCCGAGCGCAAAACCCCGCUCUCAACGAGGAUGGACCCAUUCACAGCGAGGACCCCAUCGCUCGGAGGAGGGAAGAAGGAGACAGACUUUCGUGGAAAGGCUCGCACUCAAGUGUCGCUGGUACCGCGGGCGCUCAGACAACAACCACAGCCAGGUUCCUCCGCUAAAGUCGCAAGUCAAAAGACAGAACAGAAAUCUUCCGCAUCGAGCUCAGCCAGUUCCGGGUCUGCGUCCGCAAUGAGUAACGACGACUUCCGCAAAAUGUUAUUGAAAAAGUAGCGACUUUGCUUAUAAUAUUUGUAAGACUUGUGAGUGAGAGAAACGACCAAUUCGUGACAAUUUGUCACACACCUUGACUUACUAGCUAAUACAAGUAAUAGCCUAUAUGAUUUUAUUUGUUUUUUAGAAAACAUUUUCUUAUGAAAGGUUGAGCAAAUGUUUUAAAUUUUUUUUUCUUUAUGCUUGUUGAAUAUGUGAGUCAAAGCAAUACACUUGUGAAGUACACAAAGUCA